GAUAGUAAGGUAGUACUACUUCCUGGGCUCUUUCCUACCUCUUGGGAGGGCUAAGCUAGUGCUCUUUGCUACCAAACACCUUUUUCCUAUUGACAGCAUCCCACCCAUCUGGGCAGGAAUAGGCAAAGGGCCUGACAAGCACGGAGCCAGGCUCCUACUGCCAACAACCAAAGAUUCCACAUUUCUAUGGGAUGGAAAGAGCCCCUGGGAAGCCAGAGCCAGCCCCUCCCUGCUGAGCACUGAAGACUGACGCAAAGCAGGGAACGCUGUAGCUGUCUACAGUGGAAAGUUGGAGCCCUGGUGUGUGGCAGGCGGAUGGAGGAGCAGAAAGCAGCUGGGGAGAGUAAGACUCAGAGGACCUGCUGGGGCAAGGCUAGGACAAUGCAGUUCCUGGCUUGGCUAAUGGUAGCCACUUGCCUCCUCCCUGGGGUGACUACAACUCAGCACCAUGCAGGGCAGUCCAUGGACAGCACCAUCGUGGGAGGUGGCCUGCAGAAGCCAGAGGCCCCGGAAGUGAUGUUUGAGCUGCUCUGGGCUGGGCUGGAGCUGGAUAUCAUGGGGCAGCUGCACAUCCAGGAUGAGGAGCUGGCAUCCACACGUCCAGGUCGCCGACUCAGGCUCCUCCUGCAGCACCACGUGCCUAGUGACUUGGAGGGAGCUGAGCGGCAGCUGCAGCAGUUCCAGAGCCUGCGGAAGGGACCUCCUCUUAGCCCCUGGGACUUUGAACAUCUGCUCCUCACAGGCCUGUCCUGUAUCUACCGGCUCCACGUGGCUAGCGAGGCUGAGGCACGAGGUCGCUGGACCCAGGUCUUCACCCUCCUGGCACAGGAAACACUCUGGGACCUGUGCAAGGACUUCUGCCCGCAGGGCCAACCCCCUUCUCUGGGGCCCUGGGCCUCUACCCUUGACCCCUUGCCCUAACCCUCCCCUUCUGUCUGUCAUUCUCCCUCCCCCCACUCCUCACCUUAGCCAGACCCAUUUGGGCAGGGGCUUCCAUCUGGCACCUGGUUCUUCCCACUGUGUUCAGGCCUCUGGGCUUGGCUUGUACCCAGGACCCCGCUUACCCCUCCCUCAUAUCUCCUUCCUGGGCCCAUGCUCUGGGGCUUAGGCAGCAGGCACAGACCUAAGGGCAGGACUUGCAGGCAGUGUGUGUGUGUGUACUGAGAUCAGGGUUGAGAAGUGUGUUUAAGAAAUGCUGAAAGGGAAGUUGCUCCCAAGUAAGGCCAGGUCAGACCCUCCAACUCUUACUCUGACAGUCCAUGAGAGGUCCUGUGGAAUCUACAGGGAAGUUGCAAGUGCUCAGUGCCCAGUCCUGCUUUAGGUACCCUCUUAAACCCAACCAAGGCUCUGGGGUCCCUGAGUCUCCAAGUCCCCAUCUGGGCUAGGAGAAGAGACUAAACAGACUGGACAUUUUUAGUUCAGCCUGUUGGAGGAUAGGAGGGAAGUAGGUGGAGGACUAUUACCUUUUCCCUAGCAGAUGUUUUUUGGUGCAUCUCAACAAGACUCAGAGGAGGGAAUGAGGCUGGGAGGGGACUGAGGCAGGCUGGUGUAGCCCUGAUCCUGUGUAACUCACCCCAUAAAAUGUUUCCU